AGAGAGUCUGAGGCUACAUGGAGGAGGAGUACUGAUGAGAGAGACACGUAGUGGAACUACAUUGGGAGACUAUGAGAUUCAACCCAGAACAAGAGUCCUGGUAAAUGUGCAUACAAUUCACAGGGAUGACAAAUAUUGGGACAGGGCAGGUGAGUUCCUCCCAGAAAGAUUCACCAACAAUAAAUUCGACUCCAAAGGAGUUUACAGGCUAUAUUCCAUUUGGUUUUGGACGACGGAGCUGCCCGGGGUUGUCAUUUUCAGCUGCACAAGUUGAAUAUGUGCUAGCUAAUCUCUUGUCCUGGUUUGAUUGGAAGUUGACUGAUGGAGCGAAUGCAGAGGACUUGGACAUGGCAGAGCAUUCUGGCCUAUCAACCUAGAGCAAAAUCCCCCUCCAUGGUGUACCUAUUUCAGCUGUUUCCCAUUUUUUAUUUGAAGGAUAAAGAGAGCCUUCCUUUUUCUCCUUUUUCCUUUCCCUUUUUUUUUCUGUUUUUCACUUUGCUGAAACUGCCACCAGUGUAUAAUAAGAUAUAGUUGUUUUG